AUGAAUCGACCAAUGCAAAUCGCUAUACCAGAAGCCUUCCCUUCGUCUGGACAGCAGAUGCUGCCCCAAUCGAAGCUCCAGGCAAUCUCGUGCGACAAUUCGCCCGAAUGCCGACCGACCGCAACGGCACUGCCCACAAGUCAAGGGCAGCCUCCCGCUUUACAGGCACACCAUUCAACGACUUUCUGA